AUUAAUGCCAUUAAUUUGCAUCGGGCUUAAAUAGGUUAAGGAAGAGAGUAGAGAGAAGUUGUUUGCAUAACUUAACGGCGGGGAAGAGAAGUCAAGUAAGAAUGAGGCCUCAAAUAGUGUUGUUUGGAGACUCCAUUACGCAGCAAUCUUUCAGAUCAGGGGGUUGGGGUGCUUCUGUCGCUGAUACAUACUCAAGAAAGGUUGAUGUAGUCCUUCGCGGCUAUAGCGGCUAUAACACUAGGUGGGCUCUCUUCUUGUUGAAUCACCUCUUCCCUCUGGUAUCUGAAGCGCCUUCUCCUGCUGCGGUUACUAUUUUUUUCGGGGCUAAUGAUGCUGCUCUUCUGGAGGGCACUGGAAAAAGGCAGCAUGUACCUUUGGAAGAAUACAAGGAAAACUUGAGAAAAAUAGUUCAGCACAUCAGGAAUUGUUCCCCCAAAACGCUUGUUGUGCUUAUAACUCCACCUCCUAUUGAUCUGGAUGGUCGUCGAGAAUAUGCCAGGUCCAUGUAUGGUGAUAAGGCGUCGAAAGUGGCUGAUAGGACAAAUGAAGUAGCUGGGACAUAUGCCGAGCAGUGUGUUGCUAUAGCCAAAGAACUUGGUCUUCCUUCAAUCAAUCUAUGGUCCAAGAUGCAAGAAACCAAUGGUUGGCAGAGAACAUUCUUGAGUGACGGUCUGCACUUGACACCGGAAGGAAAUGCAGUUGUUUUUGGGGAACUGGUCAAGAUUCUUGAUGAAGCAGGCUUCUCAGACCUGCCAUAUGAUUUCCCCCAACAUUCAGAAAUUGAUGAAGAAAACCCUGCAAGUUCCUUCGCUCAGGUGUGCGUCGCGUGAUGAUUUAGUCUUGCUCGUUGCAGCAAAUUUGAAUUUUUUUUUAUUAUAACGAAUACACAGAUUUACUGUUGUACACCAUCACAAUAUUUCAGCCCAGUAAAUUCCUUUUUGCUCCUCUCUCAGUAAAUUUGGGAGGCCUAUUAAUGCUUGAUGAGAACAGAUUUUGUAAAGUUUGAAGGAAUUAUUUACAAACAAUGGGUAAUCAAUAAAUAUAUCACUA